AUGCUGCUGGGACUGCAAGGAGCCAACGUCGCCCUCGUCGACCUCCACAAGCCUCAGCAAGUCUUGGACGAGGUGGAAAAGCUUGGCGGAAAAGCCCUCGCCUCCUCGUGUGAUGUCCAGGACGGAGAUGCUCUCGAAGCGGUCAUGGAGAACGUCGUGCAGCAUUUUGGGGGCAUUGAUGGGGCGGCAAACAUGGCGGGCAUUUUGGGUAGCCAAGGUAUCAAGGGCCAAGGUCACGCGGUUGACCGCGUGCCCGAUGGUGAAUGGGAUCAGAUCUUGGGAGUCAAUUUGAACGGCAUCAAGAACUCGAUGCAUGCCGAACUGCGUCAUAUGAAGGACGGCGGCACAGUGGUCAAUGCCGGGAGCGUUGCAGGACAGCCGGGGUUGCCCUUUAUGGCUCCCUAUUGCGCCAACAAGUGGGCGGUCUUGGGCCUGACCCAGGUCGCGGCCCAGGAGUCUGGGAUUCGUGGAAUCCGCAUCAACGCCGUAGCCCCAGGCGUCAUCCGAACGCCCAUGAUCCAAGGCGCGGCCACCGAUAGCGAGCUAUACGACUCACUGGGUUUUAGGACUGCCUUGAAGCGACUGGCCGAGCCAGAAGAAGUCGCGAGAGUCAUCGUCUUUCUGUUGAGUAAAGAGGCCAGCUACAUAACCGGAGCGGUCAUCAACAUCGACGGAGGGUUCUCGUAG